AUGGAUCCAAGAAUGCUAGUUAAUUAUAACAUUGAAGCUCCAGCUCCGAAUUAUCCAAAUAGAAGUUUUUUCCUUGAGAAAUUAAUUGGUUAUGGAGCUGAAGGAUUUGUCUAUUAAGGGAAAGUGUCAAAGUGGAACAACAGGGUAAACGAUAGAGUUGCUUUAAAAUUGCAACCAAAAAUUAAAUAAGACGAAAUAAAUUUCAUAUUGUCCCUUAUUUCAAUUUAAAAUAAAUGCGAACAAGCAAGCAACCCAAAAUUAUUGUCGUUAUCAGAACAGGCAUCUUGUAAUAUUAUCAGAGUUUAUGAAAUAAUUAAAUGGAAUAAUUAUAUCCUCAUUCUGAUGGAAGCUGGAGUCUAAAACUUGAAUAGUUAUUUGUUAUCUGAAAAGAACCUAACUAUUUAGACUAAACUAGAUAUUAUGAAAUAAAUCACAUAAUCUAUUCUAUUCUUGCACCAGAUUGGGAUAAUUCACAGAGACAUUAAACCAGAAAACUUCAUGCAAGUCGGUUAACAAUUCAAAUUAAUUGACUUCGGCUUGAUUCGCCAAAACAGUGAACUAAUAAAAACCGCUCAUGUUGGAACUCCUCUGUUUGCAAGUCCAGAGAUCUUUGAAGAAACUACUCACUAUACGUAAUCGGUUGAUAUCUGGUCAUUGGCUUGUGUUUUCUAUGAAAUUAUUCAAUCUUAACCCCUUAUUUCAGGAAAUACUAUUGAGGAUGUUAAGAAAAGAGUACUAAAUCAUAAGUACCAACCAGAAGCAAUUUACAACAAGAUUGAAUCUUUAUAAGUAUCUACCUCAUUGAAAAGUUUAUUAAAGUAAAUGCUCAACCCUUCUCCCUAAAAGAGAUGCUCAAUAGAGGAAGUUUUGGAUCAACUCUAAAAUAUCAUGAAAAAUGAUUAUUAAUUAGGGUAAUAACGCGAUAAUCCUAGAUUAAAUGAUAGCAAAGAUAAUCCUUAAUAAUAAUAAUUUAUGAAUUAAUCUCCUUUCAGAUAAAAUAAAACUGAUUAAAACUUCUUUGUUUUUCAGAAUUAAAAUAAUUAACAACAAGGUUCGAUCUAAAAGAAUGGAGUUUUUCCAAUCAACAAUUAGUAAUUUGAAAUGUAAAAUUUUGUGAAAGGUGGAAUUUCUUAAAUCUAAUAAAUUUUGGGAACUCAAGUCUAGCAAGCGUAGGAUUAGAAUAGGGAAUUAAUAGAAUAGACUAUAAGUUUAACUUAAUAAAAUAAAUCAUUAAUAGAACUUACUGAGAAAAAUUAAAAAUAGAUAGAAUAUUUGGAGAAGAAAUUAUUUGAAAAAGAAAAGGAUGACUCGAAGGAAAAAUCAUAGAUUGUCUCAAACAGAAGCUAAUGCAAUUGCGAAGCAGAGAAUAAAAAAUUAUUGGCAGAGCUUUAAAAACAUAUGGAAAAAGAAAAUUAAUCAAAUCUUGAAUAAAUUAAUAAAAUGAAUAAAACUUUUUCAUAUUUCUAAAAAUCAAUAGAUAGGAUUUCAACAAAUCUUGAAGAAAUUAAAAAAUAGCAUAAUGAAGAACCCACUAAUUCUAAAAAUAGUCAGUAAUAAUCCACAAGCACUUUAAAUAGUAUUAUUGGUUUCAUUUAAAACUCUGAAAAGAACAUGUAAUAAUCAAUUGCAUAAUUACAAUAGAAUAUUUAGUCGUAUUAACAAAUUUUAAAUAAGUAAAUAGAGAAAAAUGAAUUUGAUGAAUUUAAUAAUACAUAAAAAAAUUCAAAUGAUAAUAAUUCGAAAAUGAUUGCAUAAAUUUAUAAGCAAAACUAACAAUUGAAUAACAAUUUAUAUGCUGAAAUAAUCAGUAAAUUUGAGAAAUUAUUGUAUGAAUCAUCUUUAGGCAUUAUUCAAAAUCUUAAACACGAAUUUACCAAGAAUUAUUCAAAGAUUGCAGAUAGAAUACAAAACAAUACUGGUCAAUCUCAAUAGCAAAAUACACAAGCAUAGACACAGGUUACAUCACACCAAAACCGGUAUCAAUUUCAACAAAAUCAAGUUAUAUAAUAGACAAAUUAAUAGGAAGGAGUAAAUUAUAGGUCGUCGAAUAAAUAGGAAAAGCCUAAAACUUUGAAAUGA